UGGAGGUGGAGAACUACUCAGCAACCAACCCAACAUUUCUCCCUCGUGACAAAUCUCAAUUUGCAAUAAGAAAGAAGAAGAAGAACAAGACAGAAACGGAAACCCAGUUUUCUUUAUAACGAUGUCAAGUUCUAUGGAGUGCUCUGAUUCCGCCGCUACUCGGAGAUUCUCCAGGAAGCCGAGCUUCUCCCUGACGUGUAGUCGGUUGAGUCAGUAUCUGAAAGAGAACGGCAGCUUUGGAGAUCUCAGCUUAGGGAUGUCAUGCAAGCCUGAAGUCAACGGCAACUCAACAACGACCAUGAGUUUAUUCCCUUGUGAAGCUGCUCCCAUGGCGACGGUUCAAGAAGUUAAACCCAAGAAUCUGUUUUCUCGGCAACCUAGCUUCUCUUCCUCAUCUUCCUCUCUCCCCAAGAAAGAAGAUGUCCUCAAAAUGACACAAACCACUACUACUAGAUCUGUGAGACCAGAGCCUCAAACAGCACCGUUGACUAUAUUCUACAACGGGGAAGUGAUUGUGUUCAACGACUUUUCUGCUGAGAAAGCGAAAGAAGUGAUGUACUUGGCUAGCAAAGGAACCGCUAAUAGCUUCACCGGUUUCACAUCUACUCUUAACUUACCCAAGAAUCAAACUGAGGUCAGAACCAACAUCGCUCCUACCUCGAACCAAGUUCCUCAUCUCAUGAAACCCGCAGCACAAGAGCCAAUCCUAUCCUCUUCAGCUGCAAUGGCAUGCGAACUUCCUAUUGCUAGAAGAGCUUCACUCCAUCGGUUCUUGGCCAAGAGAAAGGAUAGAGUUACGUCAAAGGCACCAUACCAAUUAAGCGAUCCAGCCAAAGCGUCUUCAAAGCCUCAAACCGGAGACAACAAUACCACCUCUUGGCUCUGUUUAGCAGCUCAAAUAUGACGGAACCACCACAAACCGUACCGGGCUAUUCUUUUUGACGUUUGCAU